AUGAAUAACAACGCAAAUAUGUCCACCACCAAAUCCAGACAAUACGCACACCUCCACUCGCAACUCGCGCAACUCAACGCCCAUUUAGCCGAUACCGAGAACCUGGCGGGCGAUAUGCGGUUUUUGGGUGGUUAUGUAGGUGGUUUGUUUAUGGGGGCUGCUAAGGUUUUGGGGGAGGAAGGGGUGCAGCAGACUCAGAAUCAGAGUCAGGGCCAAGGGCAGGGGCAGGGGCAGGGGCAGGGGCAGGGGCAGGGAUUGAAAAGGGAGGAGGGGGAUAAGAAGGAUUAA